GCUCUUAUCUGAAGUUGCAGAGAGUGGGUGGGAGUAUGCCUGAGGUGCAGGUGAGGCACGUUUUGCCUGAGCCAGCCAAGGGCUCCACUUCCCCUCCUCUUCCCCCCGUGGCAAAUCCGCCCCACCUCGCAAACCCCCAACUCAGGCACUUGGGCCCCUUUUGGGCCCCCUCUCGCUCCUCCCUUUAGGCACUUCCCUGGGCCCGCCCACGGUCUCCCCCCAGUUUGGGACUGCGUCAUAAGUAUCCCAGACCUCGGCUUGCAGUAGUGUUAGACUGAAGAUUAAGUAAGUGCUGUUCGUGCUAGCAGGAUCUCCUCUUGUAAUCUGCAGCCCAGGACGCUGAUUCCAGCAGCGCCUUACCGCGCAGCCCGAGGAUUCACUAUGGUGAAAAUCGCCUUCAACACCCCCACCGCGGUGCAAAAGGAGGAGGCGCGGCAAGACGUGGAGGCCCUCCUGAGCCGCACGGUCAGAACUCAGAUAUUGACCGGCAAGGAGCUCCGAGUUGCCACCCAGGAAAAAGAGGGCUCCUCUGGGAGAUGUAUGCUUACUCUCUUAGGCCUUUCAUUCAUCUUGGCAGGACUUAUUGUUGGUGGAGCCUGCAUUUACAAGUACUUCAUGCCCAAGAGCACCAUUUACCGUGGAGAGAUGUGCUUCUUUGAUUCUGAGGAUCCUGCAAAUUCCCUUCGUGGAGGAGAGCCUAACUUCCUGCCUGUGACUGAGGAGGCUGACAUUCGUGAGGAUGACAACAUUGCAAUCAUUGAUGUGCCUGUCCCCAGUUUCUCUGAUAGUGACCCUGCAGCAAUUAUUCAUGACUUUGAAAAGGGAAUGACUGCUUACCUGGACUUGUUGCUGGGGAACUGCUAUCUGAUGCCCCUCAAUACCUCUAUUGUUAUGCCUCCAAAAAAUCUGGUAGAGCUCUUUGGCAAACUGGCGAGUGGCAGAUAUCUGCCUCAAACUUAUGUGGUUCGUGAAGACCUGGUUGCUGUGGAGGAAAUUCGUGAUGUUAGUAACCUUGGGAUCUUUAUUUACCAACUUUGCAACAACAGAAAGUCAUUCCGCCUUCGUCGCAGAGACCUCUUGCUGGGUUUCAACAAACGUGCCAUUGAUAAAUGCUGGAAGAUUAGACACUUCCCCAACGAAUUUAUUGUUGAGACCAAGAUCUGUCAAGAGUAAGAGGCAACAGAUGGAGUAUCCUUGGUAAUAAGAAGUCAGAGAUUUACAAUAUGACUUUAACAUUAAAGUUUGUGGGAUACUCAAGAUAUUUACUCAUGCAUUUACUCUAUUGCUUAUGCUUUUAGUAAAAGGAAAAAAAAAACAAAAAACAAAAAACUACUAACCACUGCAAGCUCUUGUCAAAUUUUAGUUUAAUUGGCAUUGCUUGCUGUUUGAAACUGAAAUUAUAUGAUUUUCAUUUUUUCUUUGAAUUUAUAGGGUUUAGAUUUCUGAAAGCAGCAUGAAUAUGUCACCUAACAUCCUGACAAUAAAUUCCAUCCGUUGUUUUUUUGUUUUUUGUUUGUUUGUUUGUUUCUUUUCCUUUAAGUAAGCUCUUUAUUCAUCUUAUGGUGGAGCAAUUUUAAAAUUUGAAAUAUUUAAAAUUGUUUUUGAACUUUUUGUGUAAAAUAUAACAGAUCUCUUAACAUUGUUGGUUUGUUUUGUUUUUCAUUUUGUACAACUUUCUUGAAUUUAGAAAUUACAUUUUUACAGUUCUGUUAGGUGCUCUGUAAUUAACCUGACUUAUAUGUGAACAAUUUUCAUGAGACAGUCAUUUUUAACUAAUGCAGUGAUUCUUUCUCACUAAUAUCUGUGUUGUGGAAUGCACAAAAUUGUGUAGGUGCUGAAUGCUGUAAGGAGUUUAGAUUGUAUGAAUUCUACAACCCUAUAAUAAAUUUUACCCUAU